GGAUGCUGCCCUCCCCACCACUAUCUGCCGCCCGCCGCGCCGCCACGGCCGCCGCCCACCACCUCCUCCCCUUCAUCAGCUCGCUGACCCUCGACCCGCCCGCCGCCCCCCGCCGUCGCGUCCGCCACAUGCCGCUGCGGAACAGCGCCCCGCAAGUCUCCCCGCCGCCGCACGGGAGGAGCUUCGCGGUGGCCGCGGGGGGUGGAGGCCUAGAACUAGAAGCCGAGGCCCCGGCGCUGGUGGUCGUGUCCUUCUACCGGUUCGCCGACUUCCCCGACCACGCCGACCUGCGGCGGCCGCUCAAGGAUCUCUGCGAGGAGCUGCGUGUUUCAGGUGGCAUUAUUCUUGCUCCAGAGGGAAUCAAUGGUAGUUUAUGUGGAACACGAGAAGCUGUGGAGAAAGUUUUGAACUUUAUUCAAACAGACAAUCGCUUAAAAGGAUUGAGAGUGAUUCAGACACCUGUUACUCCAGAGGAUGAGGCGAUCCAUCAUGGACAUACCAGCCAUUCUCCUGUGGGUCCUGGAGAAGAUGCACCAUUCCGAUGGGAUCAUGUCCGUGUGAAACUGAAAAAGGAGAUAGUGAGUUUUGGAGAUCCUGGUGUGAUGCCAACUAAAAGGGUUGGCAAGUAUAUAAAGCCAAAAGAUUGGAAUUCGUUGAUAAGCGAUCCAGACACAGUUGUCAUUGAUGUGCGCAACAUGUAUGAGAUACGCAUAGGAAAAUUUAAGAGGGCUGUUGAUCCAUGCACAGAAUCAUUUAGAGAAUUCCCAUCUUGGGUUGAUAAUCAAUUCCAGUUGGCUGAAUCUGAUAGCCACCAGCCAUCAGUAAAUGGUAACACUGUAACUGAGGGAGCAGAAGAAGAUCUGAAUUCCAGUGAACCCAAAGAGCUACCACGAGUUGCUAUGUAUUGCACUGGUGGUAUUAGAUGUGAGAAGGCCUCGAGCUUUCUCCUCAACAAGGGAUUUAAAGAGGUUUACCAUCUGGAGGGUGGGAUAUUAAAGUACCUAGAGGAAAUCCCGGAAGCUGAAAGCUUGUGGGAGGGUGAAUGCUUCGUGUUUGACAAGCGUGUUUCAGUGGAGCAUGGGUUAGCUCAAGGAACCCACAAACUCUGCUAUGGAUGUAAACAACCAGUUAGUGACGAAGACAUGGAAUCUCCUAAAUGGGAGUAUGGUGUAUCAUGCCCAUACUGCUUUUCCACGAGAUCUGAGGAGGAGAAGGAAAGGGCAAGGGCUCGGCACCGGCAGUUUAAGACAUGGGGAGUUAUUGGCGGUCCUGAUAAAGGCAGGAGUCCAAAAAGGCUCGAAGCGAGCAAUGGAGUUAAGGAGGACAAACAGCCGCACAACUCAGUAUAACUUAAACUGGCAAUUGUAUUUUGUUAUACUUCUGGAUUAUUGAAAUGCCCUCGACGAACUGACAUUGUAUCGAUCUGUAGUGUUUUUGUCUGGCUACUACUUUGAUCAGGCUGUUACUUCUUGGUCGCUGAUCUAGACUGCAGGUACAUCACUAUCACUAGUGUCUUACUCAGAGCUUAGAAGUUGAUUUAUAGGGGGCUGAUGUUUGUACUCCAUCUAUCCGUAAAUUGUAACAUCGGUUACUCGUACGAGCUUAUGAGCUGCAGCAGUCCCUUGAACAUUUGUGGUGCAAAACAUAGAUCCCCGGACCUGAA